GGCUUAAAAUGUCGAGGCACCGCCGGAGCGAAGCCGCGAGACACCCACUUCGAGCAUGGAAGCGCCAGGGAGCAGCUGUGGGCACGGCGGCACCGGAGGCGAGGCUCCCCUGGGGCGAGGCUUCGGCUCCGGCUCCCCUAGUCCGGCAAAGCUCGAGGAGGGGAAGGAAGGGGGAGCCGCGGCGCCUGCGCAGUGGGCGCCGGGAGGGAGCUGGCUGGAGGCGCAUCCUGCGUUUACAAGGAUGAUGUCGCUGGAUGUGGCUGACAGCAGUGGGGUGUAUGCUGCCUUCUUAGUCUACUUAGACCUCUUAGAAGUUAGAAAUUGGCAUGAGGUGUCCUACUUUGGCCUGGGAGAAUUGCAGCUUGUGUGCCUUCGUGGGCGAGAGAAAGAAGAUGAGGAUUUGCAAAUGGUGGUGCCAACGCCUGUCCACCUAUCCUUCAGCCAUGAAAGAAUGAGGCAGAUCAUGAAGAGCGCCUGGGCUUUGGAGGAGGAGACACAUUCCCCGCUGGCCAUCACACUGGCUGUGGUUGAAACAGAGUCUACAAUAGUCUACUAUAAACUGACGGAUGGUUUUGUAACACCAGAGCCUCCUAGUAACACAGAAGACACGGGCAAUAAAGAAUGGCGGAAGAAAAAAAGAAAGAAGUUUCCGAGUUGAUCGGGAGAUGAACCAAUCACGUGUGCUUCAGAUCUAAAUCAGCCUGAAAUUAAAAUGUGCACUUGGGAGUCGGAACAUCUGUUUUGAAAAUCCUGGAAAAUUGGCAGGAUAUUGAGGUGCAUAUCUGGUAAUAAACUGAGACAUCAAAGCUGUCAUGAACCAUUUCAGGAAUCUGCCCAUUCCUCAUGAGUAUGUUCACAUUUGAAGGCUUUGUUUUAAAAGGAAAACUUUGGAAAUGAAAUGAAAUUCUGUGCUUUGUUUUUUACUCAGUAAUUGUCCCAUAGGAACCUAAGAGUACUUAAUUUUAUGAAGCGAUGCCUUUUUUCUAGCAAAUUCCUCUGUGCAUUUUACCAUAAAGUAUUCACAGCACCUGGUAAAUUAAACUGCUUGACUGCAGGCUUCACAUCGAGAAAAGCAAUGUUCAGCCAAGUUUAUAGUUCAGCUCAGACAAAAGAAGACAAACCCUGCCUACUCUUUUAAUUCAGAUGUACUGCAGCUGGGAGGAGAAGACUUCACUAACAACAGCUGUCAUCACCAAAUCUGCAAAAUACAUGGUCUCAUCCAGUUAGCCAAAGAUGAAUUUAACAAUAAUGCAAUGGAUAUAAGUGUUGGAGAAGUUCAUAGUGUACCCUUCUAAAGCCUUUGUCUGCAAGGUGUUUGGGAUUUCAGUUUAAAGAAGACAUCAUGCCUAAUGAUAAAGGAUUCUGUGAGAUAUAGUCUAAAAGACUUGGAGGUCCAAAGUUUGGGAGCCAAUUUAUUCUUGCAUUAUGUUGUCGAAGGCUUUCAUGGCCGGAAUCACAGGGUUGUUGUGUGUUUUCUGGGCUGUAUGGCCAUGUUCCAGAAGCAUUCUCUCCUGACGUUUUGCCUACAUCUAUGGCAGGCAUCCUCAGAGGGUGUGAGGUAUAUACUUCAUAACCUGCCAUAGAUAUGUUUUGCCCAUAUCUAUGGCAGGCAUCCUCAGAGGGUGUGAGGUAUAUAUCUCACACCCUCUGAGGAUGCCUGCCAUAGAUGUAGGCAAAACGUCAGGAGAGAAUGCUUCUGGAACAUGGCCAUACAGCCCAGAAAACACACAAUACCCCUAUUCUUGCAUUAUUGCAGUUGAGCUGGCAGGGUGGCAAUAAAGUUGCUUGAGGCCCUCCUACACUGCCAUAUAGCCCAGAUUAUCUACUUUGAACUGAGUCUACAUUGCCAUAUAAUAAUAAUAAUAAUAAUAAUAAUAAUAACAACAACAACAACAACUUUAUUUUUAUACCCCGCCCCAUCUCCCCAGUGGGGACUCGGAGCGGCUUACAUGGGGACCAAGCCCGAAACAUACAACAAUAAAAUGAUAAAACAAUUA